CCUCGCGCGCCCCGCACCUCCCCAUGCGCUGGGGACGCGUCGCCGCGGUGACGGCGGAGCCUCGGGCCGGCGAGGUAAUUGUGGAAUUAAUGGAGCCAGAAGGACCCUCAGAAUCAGUGAGUUCAGAAAAAUCAGUAUUUUUUUCAUCUCAUGAAGACGAUAAUCAAGAAUCAGAAUCAGAAUCCACAAGCACCGUGAACCCUCUCCUACAGCCUGCUCUCACAGGGGAUGUCGAAGGUUUGCAGGAGAUCUUUGAGGAUCCUGAGAAUCCUCAUCAUGAACACGCCAUGCAGCUAGUCUUGCAAGAAGACAUUGUCGGGAGAAAUUUGUUGUAUGCAGCUUGCAUGGCUGGGCAAAGUGGCAUUAUUAGAGCCUUGGCAAAAUAUGGCGUGAAUCUGAACGAGAAAACUGCCAGAGGGUACACACUCUUGCACUGUGCUGCAGCCUGGGGCUGUUUGGAAACUUUGAAAGCCCUGGUGGAACUGGACGUCGAUAUAGAAGCUUUGAACUUCCGUGAAGAAAAAGCUCGAGAUGUUGCAGCUCGGUAUUCCCAGACGGAGUGUGUUGAAUUCCUGGACUGGGCAGAUGCAAGGCUGGCUCUGAAAAAAUAUAUCGCAAAGGCCACUUUGGCUGUUACUGACACUGAAAAGGGACCAGGGAAGCUCUUUAUGGAAGAUAAGAAUACCAUCCUCAAUGCAUGCCGUGCAAAAAAUGAAUGGUUGGAAACCCACGCGGAUGCUUCUGUUAAUGAGCUCUUUGAGCAGAGACAACAAUUAGAAGAUAUUGUGACUCCUAUCCUCACAAAAAUGGCUACACCCCGUCAAGUGAAAAGUGCCAAAUCUGUAAUCUAAGCCUGGGUCAGAAGAAAAGUCAAGAUUAUACCUUCUAUUGAGCAUUUAUUUUGUACAAGGCCACAUUUUCUUUUAGUAUCUGUAAAAAUAAACCUUUUCAUGCCAGUAGAAAGCAAGACAAUAGAUGUGGGGCUUUAUAAAAAUGUACGGGUACAAA